AACCCCAUGGAAAGUGAUACUAAGAUCUUCUUUCCAUGAUACUAAAAUGUGGCUCGCACAAAUCCAAUGCAAAAUGAGGUUGAAUAUUUUAUUGUCCUCUUUGAAAAGAGCAGAACUGAGGCGCCACAUGUUGAUGCCAGCCACGGAAGCUCUGAAGAGGAUUCAAUUGAGAGCCACGGAAGCUCUAAAGAAGAUCCAAAGGUGGAUUGUAUUAAGCAGCCACAGAAAGCACAGCAAAACUAUCCAUUCAGUGUUCUCACCGACGUCGUUACCAAUAAGGGAAGGUUGCCAACAUGUGAGGGCUGCAAUAGUCAGCUGGAGAGGCAAGCUAAAAGAAUUGUAGUCAAGGUCCCAAGUAACAUCAAGAAAGGGUGGUUUAUUACAAGGUCCUACCACUUUCUUCAGACUUGCCUCACUAAGCUGCCUCAAGAGCAGUACUAUGUGGCCAUGCAGCAACUGGGAGUGCGGGCAACACGAUCACAGCAUCUGCAAAGAGUGGAACUAUUGGAGAAUAAUAGUAUUGCAUAAAACAAGUAGUAGUAUCACUACAUAUGAUUUGUGCGGG